AUGAAUGAUGCGCUCGAUACGGCGCCAACAUGGCCAGUCUCUGGAACGAACUCUUUCGACCAAUACUCACCAGAAUGGGAUAAUGGCUUCGGCCUGAACCAUACUGACUCCUUGUUUGAUCUCGACUUAGGGCUCGGACUCAUCACGUCCACCCCGUACUCACUCGAAACCCCCCCCAAAACUGCAUCGAUCGCCGACAGUUGCCUCGACACCUUGACGAUUCCAAGGCCGGAGAUAUUGGAGGGCUUUAAUAGCUCAAAUGCCUUAUUUGACCUUUCCAAGAUCAAUCUCGAGUUGAGCAUCCGUGUUGCAGCUGCCGAAAUGAAUAAAAAUACUCUGGACUUCAACAGCGUCAUCUAUCCGCAAGGCGCGUUGUACAUCGACAACUUGACUCUGGCCGAGUAUAUGGUCAAGACGUCUCAAGACUUUAUAUUGAUCCUCAGAGGGCUACUUAGCAGUCGGCCAUCUCGUGGCCUUCUGGGUGCUCCGCCGACGGCAGAAACCCCAUCCCCGAAGAUACUGGCACCACCAUCAGGAUUACAUCAAAGCAACCAAGGCAAUCUGUCCUUUAUUUCCUCUUCCCCCAUCGGCGGCUUCGAACCAUUGUCUGCGCCCCUUGCGCUCAUCUCCACGAGUAUCUUUACCCAGCUGGUUUCCCUCUUCGAGCUGAUCCUCGAAUACAUGACCACUCGGGUCGGGCAAAUCGCUACCGACCCCAUCGUCGCUGUCCCAAAUCUUUACAUUGGCGGGUUAUCAUUGGAUAACCCAUGCACACAGGGGAUGCUUUUCUCCGAAGUCAUUGUCGAUCUACUCAAGAAAAUAGAGCGCUCUUUAGGCAUCAUUGCGGCCUCUGACGACGGCGAAGUGGGUUUGUUGUCGGCAAGACAAGUACAGGUGCUUUGGAGUGAGUUGGACGGAAGACGAGCUAUUAUUCCUGGCCAUGCUGUUAUGAGGCCUGCCCACUUGAGGAGGUUGUUUGGAAAACUGGCAGGUUUCUUUAGGCGACUCUCCUUAGUUUCAUAG